AUGGGGAUACCAGGCCAGUUCAAGAAGCCACGCCUAUCAGUCAACACCUGUAUCCUCACACAAAUGCUCUUUUCCCUCUUGUUCUGGAGACACGUUAACACACACUGCAAGAUCUCACGCUGCAACUCCGAGUACCUGGCUGCUACGCAAGACGUGCACAGCCCCAGCAAGAACGACGCCUACUGCACCGCUUUGCGCUCCUACUCCCGAUGCACCCGCCGGACGGCCCGCACCUGCCGGGGCAACCUUGCCUAUCACUCGGCUGUCUACGGUAUUGAGGACCUCAUGAUCCAGAACAACUGUUCCAGGGAGGGUCCGACUUCCCCUCCGUGGCCCCCUGCCCCGGAACCCAACAAGCAGAGCUUUGGAUCUCUGGAUAUCUGUGACUACGAGAAGAGUUAUGCCCACAAGCACGGCCAGCCCCCUGCGUACCAGCACUGUGCCAUUUUUGGAGACCCCCAUGUCCGGACCUUCCGCAAUGAGUUCCACACCUGCCGAGUGGAGGGUUCCUGGCCACUCCUUGACAACCACUAUCUGUUUGUGCAGGCCACGAGUCAUCUCAUAGCAAAAGGGUCAAAUGCCACAACUAUCGGCAAGCUUACCAUCAUAUUUAAAGACGUGAAGGAGUGCAUCGAUCAGAAAGUGUACCAGGCGGAAAUAGACAACCUGCCUGCAGCUUUUGUGGACGGUUCGAUGAACGGUGGUGAGAGGCCUGGAGGAAGUAGCUUGGCCAUCCACGAACGCUCGCCCGGGGGCCAUGUGGAGAUCCGAGCAGCAUACAUUGGCACCACCAUUGCCGUACGCCAGGCAGGGAAGCAGCUCUCCUUCUCAAUUCGGGUGGCCGAGGAAGUGGCCUUCUCCUUUACAGAAGAGCAAGACCUGCAGCUCUGCGUGGGAGGAUGCCCGCUCAACCAGCGCAUCUCUCGAAGCACAUGCUGCCACAGUGGUGUGGACCUGGCCAUCGAGAAGGCCCGCCUUUUAUGCAAAGGGAAGCUGCCCACAGAAGAUGUCUAUUUCCAGUCAUGUGUCUUUGAUGUGGUGACCUCGGGGGAUGCCAACUUUUCUCUGGCUGCGCAUGAUGCAUUUGAAGAUGCCAAAGCAUUCCAGAAGGACCUCAAGGUGCUUCACAUCUUCCAGGCAGAUACAACCUCCUGUCCCAGAAGCUCACCUAUCCUUCUCCUCCUCCCAGUGGCCAUUUCUGGACGUCAACUGCAUCUUUACAUGCUUCCCUUCACUGGUUAUUAG